AAGAGUGUUUACAUUUUUCCGGGAACGAAAGAAGAGAAAAUUCGGGAUGGAUUCUGGGCUUUCCAGCCGCAAUAACAUGGGAGGCCAUCAAAUGUCGCGUUCCUACUCCAAGCAGGAUGGCUCCAAACAGCAAUCGCGCCAAGCACUGCCCAUCUACUCCGUGCGCAAAUCAUUGAUGGAGUUGAUCCGCAAGUCACCCACGACGAUCGUGCUGGGCGAGACGGGCAGUGGAAAGACGACCCAGAUGCCCCAGUUCAUCUACGAGGCCGGCCUGAACGGGGACAAGAUGAUCGGUGUCACACAACCGAGACGCGUGGCCGCUAUCACAGUCGCAAAGUGGGUGGCCAUGGAAACGGGCUCCAACCUGGGCGAGCAGGUCGGAUACACGGUGCGAUUUGAAGAUGUGACGUCCGAAAACACGCAAAUCAAGUACAUGACCGAUGGUAUCCUGUGCCGGGAGGCUCUGUCCGAUCGGCAGCUACGGAACUACAACGUGAUCAUCCUCGACGAGGUGCACGAGCGUACCGUAUCGACAGAUAUCUUGCUCGGAAUUGUAAAGAAGGCCCAACAGACGCGAGCCGCCAAACGAAUGUCCCCGCUCAAAGUGAUCAUCAUGUCGGCCACGAUGGAUUGCGAUCAUUUUGCAAGUUACUUCUCCGACUGCCCGAUCGUGUACCUGCAGGGACGCACGUACCAGGUCAAGGUGUACCAGAUGGUCGAAAAGAUGCACUAUAUCGAGGCCUGCCUUAAAACGGUGGUAGAGAUCCACCAGUCCCAUCCGGCCGGAGACAUUCUCGUGUUUUUGACCGGCCAGGAGGAAAUCGAUGCGACGGUCAAUAAAAUGCGUCGUCUAGCGAAGUUUUUUGCUUCGGAUUUACCCAAGCUAGCCGUUUAUCCGAUGUACGCCGCACUGCCACAGACCCAACAGCUGGACGUGUUUAACCCAGCCCCGGCCAACGUUCGCAAAGUGAUCUUUGCGACAAACAUAGCGGAAACCUCGAUCACCAUCAACGGUAUCCGGUACGUUGUGGAUUGUGGCCGAGCGAAGGUGCGCACAUACGAUCCCAUCACGGGACUGGAUAUGUUGAAGGUCCAGUGGGCAUCCCAGGCACAGGCACACCAACGCACAGGACGUGCUGGGCGCGUAACGGAUGGUAUUUGCUUCCGCACAUACACCCGAUCCGAUUACGAACGGAUGGACAAGAUGACUGUGCCAGAGAUUUUACGCUGCAAUCUUGCCUCCACCAUACUGCAUCUGCUCGUGCUGGGAGUCAGCUAUAAGGAUUUCGAAUUCAUCGAUCGUCCCCCGGAAGAAGCGAUCGUCGGUGCCCUACUUGAACUAAAAGCACUGAACGCGAUAUCAUCAGUAGAAAACCCGAUCCUCACAGCGCUCGGCAGCAAAAUGGCACGCUUCCCGUUGGACCCAAAGUACUCCAAGAUGCUGCUGGCCGCGCCAAAGUUCGGGUGCCUCGAGGAGAUGCUAACCAUCGUUGCCAUGCUUUCGGGAGAGACCAUCUUCACGAACAGUACACAAAAGCGGGAGCAGAUGCUGAUUGCACACUCGAAGUUUUACGACAAAACGGGUGACCACAUAACGCUGCUGAAGGUGUUUAACGAGUUUAAGACCAAGAGCAAACCGAAGAUGUGGUGCUUCGACAACUUCCUGCACGAGCGUAAUCUCACACAUGUGGCCUCGGUAAGGGAGCAGCUAAGCGAGAUCUGUAAAUCGCUCGAGAUGCCAAGUAGUUCCUGCGGCAAGGACACGAUACCGGUGGCAAAGUGUUUGCUGACGGGGCUGUUCGCUAACGUGGCCACCAAACAACCGGAUCAUCUGUACGUGACCGCCACCAGUUCCUUGCGCGCUCGCAUCCACCCAUCCAGUGCCAUCUGCGGCAAGUUUCGGCCGGCUAUGGUCGUCUACACGGAGCUCGUGGCUACCCGGCUCAACUACCUGCGCUACGUAACGGAAAUCGAACCAGAGUGGUACGAAGAGGUGGUACCAUCGAGCGUACACCAGUCGGGAACCAGCGAAAGUGUCUUCCGAGCGUACGCUACGCACAAAUGAAUACUCCUUUUCGAGAGUAGUCGAGGAGGGUACUAGGUUUAAGGUUUUGCGAUCAUCACAGAACGGUGAUAAUUGGAAAUAAAUUGUACAA